GCGUGCUGCACAAGUGGUGAAAGCCUCGCGCUACGUACUGGCUAAUGAUUGGCACGCUUGACAGUGAUUGGCAGGGCUGCCAUGACAACGCUACAACGACACCAAGAAGACCAAUAGAAAAGGGAAACAAAAUGUUUCAAUGCUACACUCAACGGCGGAUUUAGGGGGGAGAUAUUAUGAGGCUGGUGUCAUUAGGCGAUAGCCAUUGAAUCAUUCAAUCUUUUUUACUUGCCGUAUUUUUUCGGUUUUUCCUUUUUCUCGAUAAUUUUCUUUCUCUCUCAGGUCAUUUCCAUGGUUUUCAGAUCCCCUUUAGAGCUUUAUCCCUCCCAUUUCUUCCUGCCAAACUUCGCUGAUCGCCCUCUGCUCCUGGCGAACAGCGCUCCAACCACCAGGUCUCCAGAAGACUUGUCCAUGUUUCAGCUACCGACCCUCAACUUCUCCCCGGAGCAGGUGGCGAGCGUCUGCGAGACGCUGGAGGAGACCGGGGACAUCGAACGGCUGGGCCGCUUCCUCUGGUCCCUGCCGGUGGCUCCGGGAGCGUGCGAGCAGAUCAACAAGCACGAGUCCAUCCUGCGCGCCCGGGCCGUGGUGGCGUUCCACACGGGGAAUUUCAGAGACCUCUACCACAUCCUGGAGAACCACAAGUUCACCAAGGACUCGCACGGCAAACUGCAGGCCAUGUGGCUGGAAGCACACUAUCAGGAGGCCGAGAAGCUGCGCGGUCGUCCCCUCGGACCGGUCGAUAAGUACCGGGUGCGGAAGAAGUUUCCGCUGCCUCGGACCAUCUGGGACGGCGAGCAGAAGACGCACUGUUUCAAAGAGCGGACACGGAGCCUGCUGAGGGAGUGGUACCUUCAGGACCCCUACCCAAACCCCAGCAAGAAAAGGGAACUGGCUCAAGCCACUGGACUCACUCCCACACAGGUCGGAAACUGGUUUAAAAACCGGAGGCAACGAGACAGAGCCGCGGCAGCCAAAAACAGGCUCCAGCACCAAGCAAUAGGACCGGGCGGUAUGAGGUCCCUCUCGGAGGCCGGGCUCACCCCUCACAGCUCGGCGGAGUCGCCCUCGACCGCGGCCAGUCCCACCACCAGCGUUUCCAGUAUGACAGAGAGAGUUGAUACCGGGACGUCCAUCCUGUCCGUCACAUCCAGUGACUCGGAGUGCGAUGUAUGAUACGGAGAGGGGGGGGAGAGAAAAACAACAACAAACAAAAACAAAAACACACACAGAAACAAACAAAAAGAGAAAUAUUUACAGGGAAAAUGGACCUGAGAGGAAGAAAAAAAGACUUAUGAAAUAUCGCGGAUGAAAAAAGGACCGAUUGAUAUAAAUAUUAAAAUAAAAAAGAGAUAAAAGCACGUCGUUUUUUUUUUUUUUUAUUAAAAGCGCUUUCAAAGGACCCACGCCUCCCCCUCCUCUUCAUACCCCCACACCACCACCACCACCACUACUACUAGACUACUUGCAUGAUGUCUUCUAUUUUUAUUUUUUUAUUUUGUAUUCAGGGACAACAACCUGAAUGCAAGAUUCUCCAUCAGGAACAUCGAUCAGAGGGAAUAAAAACACAUCGUCUUGGUGUCUUCGUCGCUUUUUAUUUUUUGUUCUCUCCAUCUCUAGUCCAAGUGAUGAUGAUGAUUGUGAUGAUCAUGAUGAUGAUGAUGAUGAUGAUGAUGAUUGAUGAUGAUGAUGAUGAUGAUGAUGAUGAAGCAGCCGCCAUGCAGACCAGAUGCAAUCCUGUUUUUACGUUUGUGUUCAUCAGACAAUCAUUUUAAGUCGUAAGCACCUUUUUUAAAAAUACACUUCUGUCACUGCCUGUGUGGGGUAACAUGGUCAAAAGAAAAAAAAAAGAAAAAAGAAAAUGUCGAACGGAAUCGUUUAUGACUGUAUCAGAUUUUUAUUUUUAUUUUCAAAAUUUUAUAUUGAAUUAUGUAUAUCUCAAAUAAUGCGAUCAUUCUCCCGGACUGUAAUAUACGUGUAGAAAUAUGCUUGUACAUAAUUAUUGCUCUCAAUCUCCUCUUCCUCCUCUUCCUCCUUCUCCUCCUCGUCUCAUCCUCUUUUCUAUCCCUCCCUCACUUUUCUUGACUUGGUGUUCCUACAUAAAAUAUUUGUCAAAACUUA